AUGUUUUCACACCUGCACCGGCUUCUGUGUCUAAGAAAGAAAGAAAAAAAUGUGGGGAGCGAGAUGCUGUAAUAUAAGAAUGAAGAAGAAAAAGAAGCAAUUUCAGACCUAGCCAUGGAUGUGGUCAAAGGUUAACACUGUGGGUGAGAGAUGUUUGACAAGGCUACAAAGAGGCUUGUCCGCCAGAUCGAUCCGGAUGGUUCUCUGUUCGCUGUUUCCAGACUAACUGAUUCAGAAAAACUGAAGCCACUGGCUGUGGUCAUUAAGUGUCCACCUGUGUGGUUUUGGCAGACAGCCAAAUACAGACCCUCAGUGUUCACCCUAAAUGACCUGCUACAGGGUGAGCCCAUUCAGCCAGUGCUGGAGCAAACUGAGCUGUUGACAUAUGAGGAGAAGCAUAAAUGUAACAAAGAUGCAUCUCUGGAGGCAGGAGGAAGUGCACUCAAGGUGUCUACACAGGGCAGUGGAGUGUCUGCACUGUCCUCCUCUCUUGGGACACUUUGUAAAGAAAACGUGAACAUACAAAAACUCCUAGAGGACUCCAAAGACAGGAAGGUAGACCUUAAGCAUCCUCUGCUGGGCAAAUCCAAAUCCAAGAAGAUGUUCACUCUAGUGAUGGAGCGCAUUUUUACCACUGCAACUUGCAGAAUUGAGUACAGUGGUCUGGAGGAAGGCAGCUGCAGCGGCAUGCUGAAAUCCCUGAAGAUUGGCACAGCAGAGCUGAGUCUGAAAGAGAGUGGAAGUCUACAUUUUGAUACAGAUGUUGCUAUGGAUAUACCCCCCCACACAGUUAUGGCUUACAGUGUCAGAAAACUGAACAUCAAAAGUAACGGACAAUACGAUGUUAGAGUGUGGCCAGAUGGAAUAGAGGCAGAUGAACUCACUGAGCCUGAGCUUCCAGGUUACAUUGAGGAAGAAGUGGAUGGCUUAUUGCCCCUUCCAAAAAUACAGGAUGAGUCCUCUUCACUAAGUGCUCUCAAGACAGAGUUGGAGGAAGUAAAGGCUCAUUUGUGUGUGUUGGCUCACCUGUCACAUCAGACUCACUCCUCCCUGCUACUACAGAUCCGGAAGAUUCUACUGGACCGGGAACUUUUGUCUACUUUGGAGGACAAACUCGAUGAGCUGGUCUAUGGCGAUGCUCUCUGCCCUUUUCAGACCCACUUCUCUGACUCAUCUGACACAUUUAUUGACACAUUUUUGGACCUACUACAGCCUAAGACAACCAGUGAAAAUAGUUUGUCCACAGAAUCCCUCAGCACCUCCUUAAAGUUGUCCAAACAGAACCAAGCAGCUCUGACUGCCUUGUAUUUCCUCAUGAGUGCCGCUAUGGGUUUGACAGAUGAUGGCCUUAUCUUACUAGAAAGCUUCUGCUCUUCACAAGUCCUCACUGAGUUAAAUGAUUUUGUAAACCUCCUCACAGACGACUCUCAGCCUGUCCUCUUCACCUCCCUGCCUGCUCCCCUGCAGAAUGAGGACAUGCUCAGGAGGGUGGAGCAACUGUUCAGCUCAUCCAAUGUUGUGCUGAAGAUUGAAGCUGGAAAAUUGUGGACAGAGACUACAUGCAACAGUGGACACCUCCCCUACAUACUAUGUACCAUCAUCCAUGGCCUUGCAUACCUGAGUGACACCCAGAAAUAGGUGUGCUAAAACAUAAUAUUUCAUACAAUACUAAAGCACCCUAGUACAGUUCAAAUUAUUAAUGUACUUUUCCAAUGCAAAAAAAAACAAAAAACACAUUUAGUUUCACAGACACAAAGUGUGGCAUGAUAUGUAUGUUGCAAAUAAACAUUGUGUGUGUGAUCCAUACUAAUACACACAUUGCAUAUUUAUCUGAAAGAAUGCAGAAUUUCAGUAAGGAGAAUGUUGUUGUUUUGUUUGUGGGUCUUGAUUUGUGGGUCAUAUUUGUGGGUCUUGAAACGUUUCACGUUUUAUUCUCAUUUUAUUCAGACAUUUUAUUAUUU